AUGGCAGACCUCAGCCUUGUGGAGAACUUCAGGAUCUCAAGCAAUGAGGAGUUGAGGGAGAUGAGGGAGCAGCCCAUCGACCCCCAGGCAGAGCAGGAGAUCAUUAACAACAUCCAGGAGGUCUACUACUCUGACGACUCCUUCGACAUGGUGCAGCACGAGCUGGAGGAGUUAGAGAGGGUGACAUCAUUACAAACCAACCUACAGCUGGCUGCAGUAAUCUGCGCCAACACUAGGAGGCAGCUGAGUGUUUCCAAGCAGGACUUCACUGAGGCCAGCCUGGGGCUCCUAGCCAAUCAGAGGAGGAGACAGCUGCUCACAGGGCUACUGAAGCCACUGAGGACCAUCAAGACCCUGCGAAGGACUGAUGUUAGACUCAGUGAGAUGCUGGAGGAGCAGCUGGAUGUGGCCCUGUCCAAAACCUGCAAGCACUUUGACGUCUCCCACUACACCAGAGUUCAGCUGGCGUACACCGUCCUGGGAAAGAGCCAGACGGCCAUGGACCAAGUCCACAUGCACUUCACCCAGGCCAUUCACAACACUGUGUUCCAGGUGGUUCUGGGAUACGUGGAGCUCUGCGUAGGCACACCGACACCAAGUUCCAGAAGAUGCAAUGAGACGGGUGCCGCAGACACUGCAGAGGCGGUUGUUGACCACAGCUAUGUGAAGAAGAAGCUGGAACACGGCCCCACUCGAAUCUGGCAGGAAGUGCAGCUGAAAGUGAAAGCUUAUCUGCUUGGGACCGACAUGUCCAACUUCAAAUACGAUGACUUCAUUGUGGUCCUGGAUGUUAUCAGCAGGCUGAUGCAAGUGGGGGAGGAGUUCUGUGGCAGACCAGGAAGUCCUGUCUCUUUUUUCGAGCUCUUCAGCCAGGAGGGGAACCCCUUUGAGAGGCACAUCGACAACAAGGAUGGGGAGACUGAGGACGUGCUGGCCUCCAAUGGGUGUGAGUCAGAUGAGCUGGAGAAGAGCGUCUACCAGGACUACGACAGUGACAGUGACGUCCCUGAUGAACUCCAGCAGGACUUCGUGGACGAGCAGACCGGAGACAUCCCUCUCAAGAGCCCGUCAAGGGAGACGCUGCGCAGCAGGAAGAAGUCGGACUACAGCCUUAACAAGGGCGCCAAUGCUCCCAUCCUGACCAACACAACCCUCAACGUGAUUCGCCUGCUGUUUGAUUACUACCUGUAUGCUGUCUACACCUUCUUCCGCCGCAACGAUAUGGAGUCUCUGGGGGAAGGCGGAUCCAGCAUCCAGGGUGGCCCAGUGGAGGAGAGGAAGGAGAAGGUGCACAGCCCUCACCUCAGCCAGCUGGUUGUUCUGACAGCCAGUGAGACACUCUACGGCCUGGCCCAGAGGGUGGUCACCACAGAGUCACUGGUGUUUCUGGCCAAGCAGUUUCAGUUCCUUCGGUCUCACCUGGAUACUAUGAUGCCUGCAGCCAAGAAGCCGUUCAUCCAGCAGUUCUACUCACAGACUGUCUCCCCGGCCAGUGAGCUACGUAAACCCAUAUGCUGGGUCGUGGCGGCCAAGGCUUUAGACCACGAACAGAUGCUGCUGCUGAUGGCUGSAGUUAAGUGGGACAUUAGGGAGAUAAUGUCGCAGCACAAUGUGGACGUCCUGAUGAAGUUUGAGGAGUUUAACAAGAGGCUGGGUGAUGUGUCCAGACACGUCCGGGUCCCCCUGCCUGUGUCUAACAUCCUGUGGGAACACUGCAUCUGUCUGGCCAACAGGACUCUGGUGGAGGGCUAUGGUAACGUAAAGAAGUGCAGUAAUGAAGGGCGGGCUCUGAUGCAGCUGGACUUCCAGCAGUUCCUGAUGAAGCUGGAGAAGCUGACUAUGAGGCCAAUCCCUGACAAGGACUUUGUGGAGACCUACAUCAAGGUCUACUACCUGACUGAGAAUGACAUGGAGCAGUUUAUCAAGAACCACAGGUACUCCAUGAAGCAGCUGGCCAACCUGGUGAACAUGUGUCUGGGCUCUCACAUUAACAAGRMGGCCCGGCAGAAWCUCCUGGCAGCCAUCGACGACAUYGACAGACCAAWGCGAUAG